AUGUCUUCGGAUAGACUUAUCUAAUCUGAUAAUAGCCAAACCAGUUCAUUAAUGGAUUGGAAUAAGCCUUCUAAAAUAAAUGAAAAGGAGAUUGGCUAUAAGAAGUAUAAGUUUGACAGUUUAACAAAAUCAUAAUUUUGGGCAUAUUGUAUGGGUCAUAUGCUAAAUGAUUUAUCAGCUGCAUGUUGGUUCAAGUAUUGAAUAAUAUAAUCAUUAUAGCUAUUUGUUAUUUUAUUUGAAAAGAAUAAUAUAGGUUGAUUUUGGUUCAUAUGCAAUGUUAUCAGGAUAAGUGGCUGAUGCUUUGGCAACUCCAUUGGUUGGAUAUUAUAGUGAUAGAACAAAGACAUCAAUAGGAAAGAGAAUUCCAUGGUAUAUUGGGUAUGUUUUAUUAAUAAAUUUUAAGGGGAUAUUUUGUAAUAAUCUUUUCAUUUUUGCCAGUUUGGAAUGGGAAUUUAUUAUUGGAUUGGAUGGGUGUAUAAGACAAUGUAGUAGUAUAAGUAAAUAAUUGAAAAUUAAGGAAAGGCUAUAUAUUACACUGUGUUUCCAGCAGUCUUUAAUUUUGGUUGGGCAUCAUUAUAAAUAAGUCAUAUGUCAUUAGUUCCUAGUUUGACAUGCAGUAGAUCAAGAAGAGAUAAAUUAAACUCGAUAAGAAAUACAUUUUAAUUCAUAGCUGUAUUAAUAGUGUAUGUGACGGCAGUAAAUUAAUAAUUUUAAUUUAGUUAAUAUUUUUUUAAUUAGCAAAUAGUACUGAGGGUACAGAUUCUGCAUAAGCAUUUCAAUAUUUAUCAUUGAUAUGUGUGGCUAUUGGAACUGCAACAUCUGUAUUUUUUAUAGUUCAAAUUAAUGAACCUAAAUUAACCUCUGAUUGUACUAAAUAUGCUAAAAAUCUCUUAAGAAUUUUAAAGGAUGUAUAAUAUUAAAUAAUAAUAAAAUAGAGAUAAAAUGGUACUAGCAAUCAAAAAAACAUUGCCUAAGAUCAAAAGAUUUUAAAAAAUUAAGUUCAAGAUGAAUAAAAGUAAACCCUCUCUAGUGAUGAUAUCCAGAAAUCAACAUCUGAAUCUUAAAUAGAAGGAUUGGGAAAUGUUAAAUUGACAGAUGUUGAAUUUACAGAUGAUGAAGGAGAAGGUUUACAUAAAUAAAAAGCAAAUAGAGGAUCUAUGUCUGAAGAUGUACAUGAUUGGAAGUAUAUAUUAUUUGAUUAUAAAUAGAGAAUGGUUUAAUUAAAUGGCUUUUUAUAGAUUUGGAAUGGUCUACAUGUUUUUUAGGUUGUAUUGUAAUGUUUCUUCAACUAUGAUAUCUUUUUACAUUGCAAGUGUUUUAAAGUUUACAGAUCCUGAUUCAGAAGAUGUUAAAGUACCUAUUUAAGUAGCAUUAAUUCCUUUAUCUCUCUACAUUAUGAGUGUUUUAACUAGUGCAUCUUUAUCAAAGUUUUAUUAAUUGUUAGGCAAAAAGAUUACUUUAACGUAAUAAUUAUUAAUAUUAAGAAAGUAUUGGAACAGUAUUAUGUUUGAUAUCAUCUUCUAUUUUAAUCUUUUUAAAUGAAGAUAAUUCCUAUAUUAUGUAUGUAGUAUCUCCAUUUAUUGGAAUAGCUUAAGCUAUCACUUUAAAUACUGGAAUAACACUUAUUAGUGAUGUUAUUGGUUUAAAAGGAUCAAGUGGAGCAUUUGUUUUUGGGGCGUAUAGUUUUUUGGAUAAAAUUUCAUCUGGUAUUGCCUUAUUUUUUUGUUCUUAUGGAAGUGUACUUGAUGAUGAAAAUUUAGUUCGUUGGUUGACUGUACUUGUACCAUCAAUAUCCUGUUUUGUAGGUUGUUUAUUGGUUGUAACAGCUCCAACAAAAAAACAAGAUGAGAAUCUUGAAAAUCAAAAUAGAGAUGAUAAACGUACAAAAUCUUUGGUAGAUGAAUUGGCUACUUGA